CUGGACAUUCUGUGUCCCCAAGGGUUCUUUCCUAACUCUGUGACUUCCUCCGGGAGGUUGUCACGGAGAGCCCUCCACGCUGUGCUGUGACAGCGGGCUGUGGCCACAGCAGCCAGAAGCUCAGCAGCUCAACCAGAGAACACCAAAAUGGGACAGAGCUUCUGGCAGCAGCUCUGCCUGGCCCUUGCCCUCCUCCUGAAUCUGGGGUCUGCUGUGGCUCAAGAUGCCCCUCACAGAUGCUAUGGGACUCCAGGCCUGCCUGGCAUGCCGGGUGUGCCGGGCAAGGAUGGCCGGGAUGGGCUGAAGGGAGCCAAAGGAGAGCCAGGCAUCCCAGCCACUCCUGCAACACGAGGUCCCAAGGGCAUGAAAGGGGAACCGGGCAGCCCUGGUGUGCCAGGCAAGAUGGGCCUCAUUGGCCCCCCUGGUCCCCCUGGAGACCCUGGGGUCAUGGGCCUGCCCGGAGAGCCAGGUUUGCCAGGCGUCUACAAGCAGAGGCACCAGUCAGCAUUUUCAGUGACGAGGCAGACCAUCCAGCCCCCCUUGAGUGACGUCCCCGUGGUGUUCAAUCACGUCAUCACAAAUAUCAACGAUGACUAUGACACCACCACGGGCAAGUUCACCUGCAGGCUUCCCGGCCUCUACUACUUCGUCUACCACACCUCACAGAAUGCCAACCUCUGCGUUGCCCUGUACAAGAACAUGAGCAAGAUGGUCAGCUUCUGCGAGCACAAGACCAACACCAUGCAGGUCAGCUCUGGUGGGGUCCUCCUCCACGUGGAAGCUGGGCAUGAAGUCUGGCUGGAGGUGAAUGAGUACAACGGCAUGGUGGGCACUGGCAACUCUGACAGCAUCUUCUCAGGGUUCCUGCUCUUCCCGGACUAGAGCCCAUUCCACCACGCCAACCUCUUUGCCCUGCCCUGCAAACACUGCUGCUCACUGCCAGGCUGCUGCUGGUGCUCCAGGUUUCUCUGAUGGGUGGGAACCCCUCGCAAGGGGUCAGCCCCAGCUGCCAGGGACAACUCCCUGGUGUGGGGACCAAACACAGGUGACUGCUGAAUGGGGGGAACAGGCAGAUCUGGGUGAAGAUUCACCCAGAGUGAUGGUGCCACCCGCCCAGAGUCGCUCUGGCACUGCCACGUGCAUCCACCCUGAUAAACCCACAUCACCAUCUGCUGCUGGAGCCAGAGGUCUCUCUGUGUCUCUCCAUCCCCACCUGGGUAGGACCAUGGACAGCCAGGUGUCCUGGAGCAGGCUUGCAGCAGCACCUUUGCUAUGACCCAGCUGUGGGAAGUGUCAAUAAAACCUUCCCUAAUGUGC